AUGGGGCUCCCACUCAUUAACAAGAUCAAGGCAGCCAUCUUUCCCCAUCAACUCCUGCUGCAAUUCGAAACAGAUAACGGGCAAGUUGGCAUUCUGAAAGGAGACCAGGUGACGGCUCGCCAAUGCCUCGUUAAUACCCUGAAGCGCAGGUCUUCCGAGACACCUGCAAAAAGAAAGAGGGAAGACAAGGUCCCCGCUGUCAUGAGCGUAUACAGGGAAAAUCCCAACACGCAUGAAAGGCCCCGCCCCAUAGAACGAUACGAGGAAGUAGAUAUGUUCAAGGGGAAACAAAUCAAGAUAGGGAAAGAUCUUCCUGACACGGUCAAGCAGGACAUAGUGGCCACCAUUGCUGAAUUCCGCGACGUCUUUGCUUUUUGCCAUAAACCCGUGAAACAAAAGCUACGACAUCAAGGAAGAGAGCGGACUGAGGCCGCAAAGGAGGAAGUUGAUAAGUUAUUGAGAGCCGGAUUUAUCAAAGAAUGCCAAUACUCAGAGUGGCUAUCCAACGUUGUUCUGGUAAAAAAACCAAAUGGUAAAUGGAGGAUGUGUGUCGACUUCACGGACCUGAAUAAGGCAUGCCCCAAAGACGAUUAUCCACUUCCAAAGAUAGAUCGUCUGGUCGACUCUACGGCAGGCCAUGCAUUAUUAAGCUUCAUGGAUGCCAACGCCGGCUAUCAUCAGAUCCCAUUGGCCACCGAAGAUCAACCUCACACGGCCUUCAUUACUAGCACAGGGGUCUAUUGCUACAAGAGCAAACAAGCAAGUCAGCACGCCGCGGACUUACGAGAAACCUUCCUUACCCUUCAAAAACACCAAAUGAAGCUUAAUCCCGACAAGUGCGUGUUUGGAGUUACCGGAGGUAAGUGCCUCGGCUUUCUGGUAGACGAGCGGGGCAUUGAAGCAAAUCCCGAUAAGAUCCAGGCCUUACAAAACAUGAGAUCCCCCACCUCAGUAAAAGAAGUACAAAAACUCACGGGGUGCAUAGCCGCUCUCGGAAGAUUCCUUUCCAAGUCUGCGGAUAAAUCAGAAGCAGAAGAGUCCUUUCGCCAACUCAAAGAACACCUGUCCACAUUACCGAAACUAGUUUCUCCCAUCAAAGGGGAGAAACUAGUCCUAUAUGUUUCUGUCUCCGAGUAUUCGUUAUCCGGAGUACUGGUUGCGGAAAGGGAAAAGAAACAGUUUCCCGUAUACUACGUGAGUCAUGCAUUCCGCGGCUCUGAGGGAAACUACGGCGAAGUCGAAAAAGUCAUAUUCGCAAUCGUUAUGCUAGCGGAUUUUGGUAUCGAAUACGAGCCACGAACGGCAAUCAAAGCUCAAGCUCUGGCUGAUUUCAUUGCUGAAAGUACCUUCCCCUGUCAUCCUGAACCCAAUCAGAAGUGGAAGUUGUAUGUAGAUGGGUCAUCAACACAAUCAGCUAGUGGAGCUGGACUCCUCAUCAUGUCUUCCGCGGGGGUCCGUAUGGAAAGAGCAGUCAGGUUCGAGUUCGCAGCAUCUAACAAUGAGGCAGAAUAUGAAGCAUUAUUGAUGGGAUUGAGAAUUUGCUACGAAGCGGGAGCGAAAAACUUGUCCGCUUUCUCUGACUCCCAAUUGAUCGUGGGACAAGUCAACGGAGAAUUCGAAGCAAAGGAUGAUAGCAUGAAGAUGUAUUUGCAGCAGGUGAAAGAAUUUGUUCAAAAAUUCGACAAGUUCACAUUGGAGCACAUUCCAAGAUCCCAGAACGCACAAGCUGAUUCCCUAGCAAAACUGGCCAGCUCAGCAGAAACAUCCGCGGCUCGAGACAUUAUUUGGGAAGUACUUCCUAAUCCCAGCAUCAACUUCAUGGUCAACACCAUCGACAGAUCAGAUACAUGGAUGGAACCGUACAUCAAAUAUUUGCGAAAUCAGACACUUCCCCAAGAUAAAAGCCAGGCCAAUAUGCUCCAGAAGAAAGCAAGAUGGAGGAUGCGGUAUACAUCAGGGAGUGCGAACUGUCAUCGGGAAAGUCCUGAGAAGUGGAUAUUAUUGGCCCUCACUCCGAGAAGACGCGGAAUACUUGAUCAAGAGAUGUCCUGA